UUAUUAAAUAAUAAACAAACGAACAUGGGUGGCUUUAAUUUUCAAAACGUGAAUACCAAGUCAUUUUUCAUCUCUGCCACUGGUGUCCGUGACAGAAAAAAUCAAAGAAAGUCUGCAGCAGAGCUCAACAAGAAAUGGAACUGUGAGUGUGACAUUGAUGACGAGGAGAUUAUGGAACUAAGAUCAGAUAAAUCUGAGCUGGAUUACGAAAACUCUAAAAUAGACUCAAAAACAGACUCAUCAGAAAGUAGUUACAAGAGAGAGACAUGGAGUAGAAAAGCUGAUUUUAUAUUAUCCAUCGUGGGAUAUUCUGUAGGAGUUUCUAACAUCCUUAGAUUUCCUUACUUGUGUGUCCGUAACGGGGGCGGUGCUUUCCUGAUACCAUUUUUCUUCUUCAUCAUAUUUUGUGGACUUCCAUUGUUUUAUUUGGAAAUAUGUCUUGGACAGUUCUCUGGAGUUAGCUCCCUUUUUGUGUGGAAUAUGUGUCCCUUGUUCAAAGGUCUGGGAUAUUUAAUGGUAACAGUCUCAGCUUUGAUGAGUUGGUACUAUAUUACUAUGUUAUGCUGGAUCAUAUAUUAUUUCAUCAACUCUUUUAAAAACCCAUUACCAUGGUCACUGUGUGACCAGAGCUGGAAUGAAGCUGGCUGUAUUCUGAGUAGACUUUCAACAAAUACAACAAUGGUGAAUUGUUCUGAAGUAUUCAUGGGACAUAACUAUAUACAAGAGAAUGGAUCAUACACUUGUAAUGUAUCAAACAUUGAAUUACAGACAGCUCCUAAACAGUUCUGGCAAAAUAAUGUGCUACAUAUAUCCAGUGGUAUAGAAGAAUCUGGCCAUGUCCAAUGGCAUUUAGUUAUUUGUUUAUUGGUUGCCUGGAUACUUGUGUUUCUUUGUUUAAUGAAAGGAAUUAAGUCGGUAGGAAAGGUUGUGUAUUUCACAGCUAUAUUACCUUAUGUACUAUUGACUAUAGUAUUUGUGCGAGGACUUAUGAUGCCAGGAUCUCUGGAUGGUAUCAUAUUCUACCUAAAACCAGACUUCAGUAGGUUGUUGGAUAUUCAGGUAUGGUUAGAGGCAGGAUUACAGGUUUUCUACUCUCUAGGUCCAGCUUGGGGAGGAUUAAUAACCAUGUCAAGUUAUAAUAAGUUUGAUAACAAUUGUCUAAGGGAUGCUAUAAUAGGGACAUUAGCAGAUACCUUGACAAGUUUCUAUGGAGGAUUUGUUAUCUUUGCCAUCCUGGGAGCCAUGUCGUACGAGGCUAACCUGCCAAUAACUGAAGUGGCUACAUCAGGUCCUGGUUUAGGUUUGGUGGCCUAUCCUGAAGCCAUUAACAAGUUACCUAUGCCACAAGUUUGGGCAGUUAUAUUUUUCCUCAUGCUGUUGUUUCUUGGUAUUGAUAGCCAGUUUGGCACAUUUGAGACGGUGUGUAGUGGAUUAGUAGAUGCAUUCCCACAGAAGUUAGGCAAGAGAAGGAUACUACUGACUGCCUGUCUGUCAUGUCUCCUGUUUCUCUUAGGACUGCCUUUUACAAUGAAUGGAGGAAUGUACCUGUACCAGAUAGUAGACUGGUAUGCAGCCUCAUUGUGUGUCAUGCUUACAUCGUUCCUGGAGUGUAUUGUUAUAGGAUGGAUCUAUGGUGCUGAGAGAUUCAGUAGAGACAUUCAUUUAAUGCAGGGACGACCAGCACCUAAGAUAUUUAGGGUUUGUUGGUGUAUAGUGACACCUGCUAUAAUGCUGGCAACUUUUAUCAUGACAUUAAUACAGUACCAGCCACCGACAUAUGAGGGAUAUGAAUACCCUGUGUUUGCAAGAGCUUUGGGCCUCUUGUUGGCAGUCGUUCCACUUAUACCACUUCCUGUUCUUAUGAUAAUACAGUUUUUACAGACUCCAGGAACUUUCAUGGAGAGACUUCAGACAUUACUGAGACCUUCUAAAGACUGGGGACCUCAUCCCGAACAUCUUAAAGAGGACUAUCAGAACUCAUAUCGUCAUCAUAAAAGUCAUAACGUCUGGACGUACAUGACCACAAACAUAUUUGGACCACCUGCAUCUGAAUUGUAGCACAGACCACAGUUGUAAUAUGUCAUCAUGAUAUAUAGCCGCUCCAGGAAUUUAUAUUAUCUCGUGUCAUAUUUACUAUCAGAAUCUGUAUACUAUGGAUUCAUUUAUUUUUGUGGGUACCAAUUUUCCUGGUUUGAGGAAAACUUACAUGUUCGUGGAUAUUUAAAUUUGUGGUUUUGCCAAAAUAUGCAUACAAGCAUAUAAUUUCAUGGUUCAUCUGUUCACUUAAAAUCCAUGAAAAUUGGUAUCCAACAAAUUAUAAUGAAUUCACAGUUAUGUAAAUUCAGGAAAAUUUAAUCAGGUGAUGCUAUUAAAAAUUACUUCCUACCAGUAAAUGAAAUUGUUACUUCAUAAGGCAUCUGUUGCAUAUAUAUUGUGUAGUCUCUUUUUGAUAUUUUUGAUGCAUUCUAUAAACUGCAUAUCUCCUAUGAAUAGGAAGAAAAUCAAAGAAAAGUUGUCUAAACACGUAAAUCACAAAGCUUUGAAAAUCUUUUUAUCUUAAUUUUCCUCUUUGGUUUAUUGAUGGUGAAUAAUCUGUAUUAAACAAUGAAAUCAAAUGUUGACUUAUAUCUGGGUCUUAUGAUUUACAGGUACUUUAUUAUCAAAAACAAUGAAGAUUUGUUUAAAAGGUUUAAUUUAUCUACCUAAUGUGUUUCAUUUUAUAUCACUCAUUAUCAGUGGUUGAUAUGUACGGGUUGUUUAAAUGUGAAACAUUGUUUGUUUGAAUAUUAUGAUGGUGAUGUAUCACUUGUCAAAAUCUAUAUAACUGUUUUUUGUAACAUACAUCAUUUGCUGAGCAAUCAUUUGUUUAUUGAUAAAGGCAUUUGUGUACAUUGAUCAGGGGCGGAUCCAGCCAUUUAAAAAAAAUGAUGGUUCCCAACCCAGGAUAAAGUGGGGGGUUCCAACAAGAUGUCCCCAUUCAAAUGCAUUGAUUGGCAAAAAAAGGGGGGUUCCAACCACGAAACCCUCCCCCUGGAUCCGCCACUGUUGAUAUAAUUUAAGAUUAGGUGAAGCCAUUUUAUUCUGUAUGAAUGUUUUUAGUGAAGUUAUUGUCAAGUUAAAGUAGGUCAACUUGAUCCUUAUUAGAAGUGUGAGUAAUUUCAAUGUGGAUUUGUUAUUUUUUUCACAUAUUUAAAACUUUCAGGCUAAUGUAAUCAUACAUUUAAGGCAAUAAACAAUGUCCAUAUUGUUAUAUAGAUAUAUGUGGUAUGAGUGCCAAUGAGACAACUCUCCAUCCAAAUAACAAUUUAUAAAAGUAAACCAUUAUAGGUUUAUACCUGGAACUUCAUCUUCUGCCAAUUGAAUUGAUUGAUUGGUGUUUGGCACCACUUUUAGCACAAAUGGGAAUUUGAAGGGAUCGGUCAAUUAAGAUUGAAAUUGAUCACCACAACCUCAGUGUUGAAAGGUUAUUGAUACAGUAGUUUAACUACUAAGAAAUCUGAGGCUACUCUACCACCAAAACAAACUGGUAAGAUUGCUGCAUGUUGCCUGUAAAACCUGCAAUAAAUCAAUCAAAACAAUAAAAAUACAAGUGACUGUGAUAAAAAGUAUAUGAGAUCCAUUAUCACUGAACUAGUAAAAUAUUUGUUUAGGGGCCAGCUGAAGGACUCCUCCGGGUCGGCGAGUUUCUAGCUGCAUUGAAGACCCAUUGGUCGCCUUCAGCUGUUGUCUGCUAUAUGGUCGGGUUGUUUUCUCUUUGACACAUUCCCCAUUUCCAUUCUCAAUUUUAAUAUCUUUACUAACUGUUAACUAUAUACUAUAUUGUGGAUUAAUUGAGAAGUGCUUAAAACAUCAUUAAGUGCUAUGAAAUGUUAAGAAUAUCAUUGUUAUUCAUUUGUUUUUAGUUUAUAAAAAUUUUAAAACUUCUUGUUUAUAAAACUUCUUGUUUAUUUAUUUUUUUUUUUUCAUUUAGGCUGUAUCAAAAUAUAGAUUGUUUUGCAUGGCUGCCAUCUUACAUGCCUUCUGUCCGUAGUACAGGUUUUUUUAGUUGUUUGCAAAUUAUAUUUUUAUUACACGGCAUGAACAUACAUUCUAUGUCUUUACAUGCUUUCACACAAGUUAUUGUUUGUCGAUAAAGUAAUCAGUCAAAGCAAUUUCCCCUUUCCUGCUUGGAGAAAAUAGAUAAUACCCUACAUGAGGAGAAUGAUAGCAUUGAGACACAAUUUACAAACUAUUGUAAAACAUGAGAGUCCUUAGAAAUUGUUGUCAUAAAAAUAUAACCAACACUAUACUGUGGAUUCAUUUUUUUUCAGGGGUACAAAUUUUCGUGGAUUGAGAAAUACUUGCAUUUUCUUUGAUAUUUCAUUUCAUGGUUUUGGCAAAAUUUGUGUUCACAUUCAAUUUGAAAAUUUCUUAUUCGUUAAAAACUUAAAUUCUUGGUCCCAAAGUACUCACAAAUUCCACAAAACUGGUUUCCAAUGAAUCCACAGUAAAUUAUUUAUGAAUAUGCAUUUAGCUAUGAUGUUAUAAAUUAGCUAACAGAAUUUUAAUUGCUUUUAAUGUUUAAUGUUUUAUUUUUAUGAAUCCUAUCCUGUUACAAUUAUCACAAUAGCAAAAAGUUAUAAAUUUACAUUAAUCCUUCUUGUUGAUCUCAAGUAAAUGUUUAUUUUAUCAAACAUUUUUGUAUCUUAUUAUUCAGCAUUCAUUAGUUGUGUUAAAUAUUUGUGUAAUAUUGUAAAAAUAGUCAUUGUCAUGGUGCCAACAUUUUUCUAUUCUUAGUACAUAUAGUUUUGCAAUCUGAUAAGUGCUACAAUGAGUGCUCUGGGGAAAUAAGUAUCAAUGCAAUUAGUAAAAUCUGGAUAAUUUAUAACCAAAUGUGAUU